CCCAGGGCGCCAUGCCGGGCCCGGACUGAGGGGGCGCUGCGGCGGGAGGCCGGGCGGGCGGCGGCGGGGGCAGCCGCAGCAGCAGCCGAGGGGGCGGAGCGGACCUAGAGAAGCUGCCGAGCCGCGCAGCGAGCGCUGUGUGCGCCGCCGCCGCCGCCGCAGCUGGUGCUGGUCCCGGCCCGGCCGCCCUGUCAGUCCGCUCGUCCGCCCGGCCCGGCCCGCAGGACGCCGGGGGGGCAGAGACGAAGCGCAGGCCGCGGCCGCAUGAAGGAGUGCGAGUACCAGCAGAUCCGCCCCGGGGCCGCCCCGCCGCCGCCGCCCAGCGCCCCCCAGUCCGGUUCCGGGCCGCCCCCGACGCCCCGCAGGCCGAGCUCGGGCCCUGACUCCGCCGCCCUCGCCUCGUCCGCCGCCUCCGUCCGGCCCUGCCGCAAAUGGGAGGUGUUCCCGGGCCGCAACCGCUUCUACUGCGGCGGCCGCCUCAUGCUGGCCGGGCACGGCAGCGUCUUCGCGCUCACCGUCGUCCUCAUCGUCACCACCACGACGCUCUUCUUCAUCUUCGACUGUCCUUUUCUGGCCCGCCACCUGACUCUGGCUAUCCCCAUCAUCGGGAGCAUGCUCUUCUUCUUCGUCAUGAGCUGCCUGCUGCAGACAAGUUUCACUGAUCCUGGGAUCCUGCCCCGAGCUACUCCCAACGAGGCAGCCGCCCUGGAGAAACAGAUCGACAGUACUGGCAAUUCUACCUACAGACCUCCCCCGAGGACCAAGGAGGUGAUGAUCAAUGGGCAGAUGGUGAAAUUAAAAUACUGCUUCACCUGCAAGAUGUUUCGACCUCCCCGGACCUCACACUGCAGUGUAUGUGACAACUGUGUGGAACGGUUCGAUCACCACUGUCCUUGGGUGGGCAACUGUGUAGGCAAACGGAAUUACCGCUUCUUCUAUGCCUUCAUCCUCUCCCUCUCCUUCCUGACCUCCUUCAUAUUUGCCUGUGUCAUCACCCACCUGACUCUGCGUUCUCAGGGAGGCACCUUCCUUGACACUCUGAAGGAGACACCAGCAAGUGUGCUGGAGCUGGUGAUUUGCUUCUUCUCCAUCUGGUCCAUCUUGGGCCUCUCAGGGUUUCAUACUUACCUCGUCGCCUCCAACCUAACAACCAACGAAGACAUCAAAGGCUCGUGGUCCAAUAAGAAAAACAUGGAGGCUUCCACCAACCCCUACAGCCAUAAAAGUGUCGCUGCCAACUGCUGUGCUGUACUCUGUGGGCCUCUGCCCCCAAGUUUGAUUGACCGGAGGGGAUUUGUGCAACCUGACACCCAGUUGCCCUCUCCCACCAAGAAUGAGGACCCCACCUGUGGAGCCAAGCCAGACGGCAGCAUGGUAGGAGGCCUCCCCUAGAGGAACUGAGUGCUUGCCAGACUGCCAGUCCCUCUUCCCUGCGCCCACUGCCUCCCUGUGCCUGCUGGACCUGUCCCUGCCCCACUGAGGCAGAACCCCCCAACACCCAAGUCAAGCCUCUUUAUUUCGGCAUUGCCUCCCCCCACCCUGUGGCUGCUCCUGAACUCUUCUGUUGCUGCCCCACUCCCCCCCCAUAGGGGAUUUCCCCUCUGCCUAAGUCCAGGAGCCGUGUGAAAAUGACCAGAGAUUCCCCAUUGGCUCUUAGCAGGGAGGCGGCAGAACCUCCGCCUGGUCAUAGUUAGGGGGAUGGACAAGUGCCCACUUUGCCCUAGAGAACCAGUUUCUUGUCUUUUAUUCCCACGUCCACGCCAAGGAGGUCUAGCCCUAGAUGGACGGACGUGGGUGUGAGGGGGCCCUGAAGGCCCGGAGGGUAGAAGAGCAGAUUUUAGGGACUGGGAACUCCCCAGAAUUUGGGGAUCACCCGUGUCUUUUAUCAGGAAGGAGCCAGAGCCACCCGAUAGGGUGGGCAGGGUGGUAGGAGGGGGAGGGGGACAGAAUGCCCAAUUUGAGCUUCCUGGACCGAGGAGUGAGAGCCCUUCCCUCGUCCCCCCAAAUCUUGGUCCAAGGACUGACCUCCAGGCUGUGCUACCUCCUAGUGCAGGUGAAUCACAUACAGCCACGCAUGCACACGGACACACGCUGGCAAUACUUGAAACGGGUCGUACUGAAGCUGCUGGGCAUUUUGCACAAUUUUAUAGAACUCUUUUCUACAUAGAAUUUUUAAAAGGAAAAAAACUCUCAGCCCCGUUGUUUCUCUAGUGCUGGGUGGUGUUGGCAAGAGGCAGGCUGGUUUUGUGAUUUUGUUACAAGGGACCUUAUGGUUUGUUGUAAGUGUGUCUGUCUGGCUCAGUGUGUGUGUAUGUUUUCACUCGCGCCCGCCUGGCUGAUAGGUUGGCCAGCUCCCACUCCCCCACGUGGCCUGCGUUUCUGGCUUUUUUUAUUGCCGCCCCACCUGUGGGGAUCUGAGCCUAGCAGAAGCAGGCAGGGGAGCGAGAAUGAGAGAGACAGAGUGUGUGAGUGAGUGUGUGUGUGUGUGUGUGUGUGUGUGUGUGUGUGUGUGUGUGUACACACAUGCUGGUUGUGAAUGGCAACUCGGAGUUCCCAGGGGGGCCAAGUCCUCGUUCUGGAUGCCCUCCCACACUCUCUUCUCACCCCCCGCUCUCCCCCUCCCAACCACGGACUUUGAUGUCAGAAGCCUGGUGGCUGGGUGACGCCAGGGCCCCCCUCCCUUCCCCAAGCUGGGCUUCCGGCCUGAAAUCUGCCCCGACAGGCCAAAGUGUAUUGGGGUGGGGUUAUGGGAGUAUCAGGAGAUUUGAGCAGUCCCUGCAGCCCGUGUCCCCUCCCAGCAAGGAAGUGUCCAAGGUUGGAGCUGGUUGGCAACUCCACCAACUGCUGCCCCUCAGUCUGUGACUGAGGACCGGGGACAGGGGCCCCUGGAGGCAAGGAUCGAGCCUAGGCUUAGCCAAGGGGAGAUCAAGCCCCAGGGCUAGAGUUCAGCCUAAUUUCUCCCCUCUCCCAGAUACUUCAAGCCUUAGUCCCUCUUAGGAGCAGAUGAGAAGCCCAGGACUGUCCCGGGUCUUCCAGCCAGCCACCAUGGCCCUUAACUGUGAUAUUCCCAGACACUACUGAGAGGAGCUAAGUGAUUGGAACACUCCCAUUAAGGGCCCCUCCAGGCUGAGGGGCAAAGGGCCGGAGAGCCGGUCUGUCUAGAAGUAGCAGUCAUCCAGGGACCUCCCAGAGGGUUCAGAGGGCCCAAGCAUCAGUAUCCCUGGUCCUGCUGAGGAGAGCAGGAGGAGCUGGCUUGGGGGGAGGGAGGAAGCCCAUUUGCCUUUCACUGGAGCCAGUGUUCUUUGUUCCUGCCUGUAAUAAAAUUUUUAUUUUUAAGAGUUGA